CCAGCACAUUCUUGGGACCAGACGUUAUAUCUGCUGCCGUCCAGUCGUCACCCAGCUCUCAUGAAAACGCUGCCCAUUGUCUUCGGCGGCCGCUCUUUGACUCUCCUCACCUCUGCGGACAACUGCGGAAACUCUUUCACAUUCACAGGGGCCUGACAGACUCGGAGCGAUGAAUCCCAAAGGGGUAAAGCCGAAGUCGAAGAUCACGGCUUCUCGCAAGCUCUCCCUCAAGAUGCUUCUCCUCACAAGAGCCUGUGAGGAUUUGGAGAGGGAGACGCAGGAUAGGGAGGAAGAGAAAGUGCGUUAUCUGGGAGAGAAGUUGCCCCCUUUGCAACUGUCUGGGUUAUCACUGGAGGAGCUCAAAAAUCUUUGCAAGCAGCUUCAUUCAAAGGUUGACAUUACGGACGAGGAGAGAUAUGACUGUGAAUCCAAAGUGAGCAAGCACAACAAAGAUAUCCACGAGCUGAAGUUGAAGGUGCAGGACCUUGGGGGCAAGUUCAAAAAGCCUGCCCUGAGGAAGGUGAGGGUGUCAGCAGAUGAGAUGAUGCGAGCUCUCCUGGGCUCCAAACACAAGGGCUCCAUGGACCUCAGAUCCAACCUCAAGUCUGUGAAGAAGGACGACGUCAAAACGGACAAGGUGCUCACCAAUGAAGUGGGUGACUGGCGUAAGAACGUGGAGGCCAUGUCCGGCAUGGAGGGCCGCAAGAAGAUGUUCGACACAGCCGGCGGAGCACAGUGAGACGCUGCAGGUGAUGAGGCUGAUCAAUUCAAAGCAGGAGGGCGAAAGGAAGCUGUCUAGAAAGAAUUGUGGCUAAGCUAAUUGACUUCAUUUAGGAAUUAAGCAUCAGGUCAAAAGCUUGUAUAACCCCCCCGUUCAUCAGCGGCGCCACCAUGAGCUUGAUGCCAAUUUUCCUAAGCAAUGACUCACAGCACUUAAAAGUGUAGGAUGAGUAGAGACCGCAAGUUUUUAUUACCGAGAGAUUAUUGUUUUGUUUUGUUAUGACAUCUUUGGACAAUUAAAGUGGAUAAGAAUAAA